GCUCCAAAUUACUCGAUUAUAAUGAUUAUUGGUGAUUUAAGUAUCCAAAAUACGAUAUUAUAAACCCAUUGUUAAGUUUUAUUAUUCAAAUUUUAAUUAACUCACGUAAAAGAUUACGUGUUUAUAAAGAUUACGCACUUAUUUUGAAAAAAAAAAGAAAAGAAAAAAAAACCGUGACCGGAAGUAUUAUUUUUUGGGACACAGGCGUUCAGAAACGUACCCCAGCAAGUCAGACUUACAUUUAAACUUAUAUUUCUGGACAAAGGCUGUUGAAUUUGGUUCGUAAAUAGCCGGCAGGGAUACUUUAAAGGUUAGUGAACACGGAGAAGAAGCGUUGAGAGCCGCCAUGGCGUCGCCGCUGGAGAUGACAGAGAUGUACGACAACGCUCUGCUGGGGAUCCUGCAGCACGUUGGAAACAUCCAGGACUUUCUACAGGUCUAUUUCGGGUUUUUGUACCGCAAGACGGACUUUUAUCGCCUGCUGUCAGCUCCCAACGAGAAGAUGGGCUUCCCUCCUGGUGUGGCGGAGAAGAUGGUGUUCAAGACAUUUAAGCUGUUUGAGAAGCUGGCAGAUCACGACAGAGAGCGGCGGCAGAGCGAGCUGCAGAAGAGAGAGGAGAGUCGAAGUGUUCCUCCGGCAGUUCAGGAGCUGGAGAUCAGCGCUGAGCCUCCAGAGGGGACGGAGGAGCGGAGCACAGAGGCGGCACAGACCGAGAGCUCCUCACUGGAGGCCGGGGGGGUUUCCACCGAGGCGACCGGCGGCUCUCAGCCCAGCAGCAGCGGUCCAGGACCGUCACCUCAGGGAGACCAGGCAGCUGCAGCCAGCACGAGCGCAGCAGACGGAUCUCAGCAGAACUUUCAGGCCGAGCCCGACAGCUACAACGGAGCAGUGAGAGAGAACUACAGCUGGUCUCAGGACUACACCGACGUGGAGGUCAAAGUGUUUGUGCCCAAGACGGUUGUUAAAGGCCGACAGGUCAGCGUCAGCCUGCAGGCCGGCAGCAUUAAAGUGUGCGUGAGGGAGGGAGCCGAGGAGAAAACACUGAUGGAGGGAGAAUUCACCCACAAGAUCAACACUGAGAACUCCCUGUGGAGCCUGGAGCCCGGGAGCUGCGUGGUCCUGUCGCUCAGCAAGUCCUCGGAGGUUUGGUGGAACGCGGUGCUGAAAGGAGAGCAGGAGAUUGAUAUCAACAAAAUUAACCGCGAGCGCUCCAUGGCAACGGUGGACGAGGAGGAGCACGCCGUCCUCGACAGACUCACCUUCGACUACCACCAGAAGCUGCAGGGCAAACCGCAGAGUCACGAAAUGAAGGUGCACGAGAUGCUGAAGAAGGGCUGGGACGCUGAGGGCUCUCCGUUCAGAGGGCAGCAGUUCGACCCCACCAUGUUCGACAUCCCGCCCAGCGCCGUGCAGUUCUGAGGCCCAAGCCCGACGCUCCAGCCAAAUAUGAACUGAAUCCCAGUUUAUUUACAGAACUGGACGCAGGAAAAAGUCGACGUUUAGCUGCUGCUGUCGCGCUGAGAGGCCGACGUUCACUUAAAGCGGCAGAUUUAGUGUGUUGGGGAUCGAGACGAGGACGUGUCAUUAUAUCAAACAUUAAUUUGAUGUUUUGGCGGCGUGACAUCUGAUAAAUACUUGUACUUUGUUAACUGUUUUGCUCUUUAUUUAAUAACUAUAGUGCCUAUGAGUUUGCCAGCCCUACUGAGUGAUUCUUUUUUUUGUUUUGUUUUUCAUUUUUAUUCUCAUGCAAACUGUCGAGUGUUGUCGGCGUCUCUCGGCGGUCACGUUUCCAUCCAAAUGUAGCUCCUAUUUUUACUGAAUUUUUAAGAAAUUAGCCAAAAGAAAAUGCUAAUUUAAUGUGUGUUUCCAUUCGCUGCUGUCAUGAGAUCAUUAGGAGGGAUUGUUAUAAAACAUUCAUGUCUCAAAUGCUGGAAAACAGACAUUUAUGUAAGCUUCAUGUAUCGAUGUGAGCAAAGUUACUCAGAUCUGAUGUUUUCAGCUCUUUAACAAGAAGUUAAAGUAAGUAAUUAUUAAUUCACAACAUGAUUUGUUCGUUUAGCCUGUGUCCAUUUCGUUUUAAUCGAUACACCAACUUUCCAACCUCAGCUAAACUUUGAAACUCUUUUGGCCGCUCGUCAAGAUUUUAAAGUUUCCGCUGUUUAUUACUGCGCAGAUUUAAAACGCUCGUUUAAAACAGCAGGAUGGAAACACACUUCUUGUUUCAGGCUGAAUCGACCUGAAGACGAACCUUUUUCACGAGUGUUUGAGAUGUGUGAGAACGUUGUUCUCUGGUCUUUUUUUUAAUUUAUUUGUCUUCUAUCUUGAUGAAAAUGAAAAACAGCAGAAGGAAGACGUGCAACAACGUGGAAACAGACUGUCGGAGCAGCACGGGUUGAUGUCUGAGUGGAUCUGAUGCCUCACAACCAAACAACCAAAACUGAAAGUUGAAUAAACUGUUGAAUAAAUAAAAGACUUGUUAAAUAUCA